AUGGCUAAGCGGACUGUUCUGUUUUUGGUCGCUUCUGCAUCACUAUUUAUUUUGAUAAGCUUCGAUAUUCGUCCUAUUCCAUCUCUCCGUAGAAAGUCUGAUUCAAUAUUGAUCAAAAAUGAUCUUUCAUCUCAUUUCAAAUUUUCAUCCAAACCAUUCAAUAUCGCUAUAAUUGGAUCAUUUGGAUAUAUUGGUUCACGUUUAUUGCAUUAUUUACAGCAAACAGAAAAGUGGAAUAUCACUGGCUAUGAUCGAGUCUUUUCGGGGCAAGCCAGUUAUGAGAUCCUAACUGAGGAUCUUCAUGAGUUUCAAGUUGUUAUCUAUUUAGGUGGUUUAACUGAUCGUGCAAAAUGUCAAAGUCAUCCUAAUGAUGCCAAGCGGGAGAAUGUUAAAGACAUUUAUAACUUGGCCAAACGGAUGUUAGCAUCUCAGCUGUUGAUAUUUGCUUCUACAUCAGAGAUUGCAGAGGGAUAUGGUAUGGUUCCUAUGGACGAGAUGUCUCCUAUUCAAUCACAUCUAUUCGAUUCUUAUGUUGCCUCUAUGAUGCAUCGUGAAAAUACUCUUCGAGAACUGAGUUUCAAGUCCAUUAAUUCGCCUCGAAUGAUUGGUUUGCGCUUUGGUAUUGUCAUCGGUCUUUCUUAUAGUCAACGAAUUGAUGUUGGGCACAUGGCAUACGUUUGUCAAGCAUUUCUCGGUGGAAAGUUACACAUCGUUCAUCCACAAGCUUAUCGCAGCUUUUUGAGCAUGGACGAUUUACUACAAGCCAUAAAAGUUGUCAUCAAGAAUAAAAAGAGUGCUAAACGAUUCGACUUGUUUCAUCUUCAAUCUUUCUCAGCUAGCGUCUCAAAUGUGGUUAAUGCUAUUGCGCUUCGUUCAGGAGCUCAUGUGGUUAUAUCAGAUUAUUCUUUGAAUAAUGUCAAUCACGGAUUUUCCUUGAAUACUACAAAAUUUCGUACCACCUACCAGUUUGUUUUCAAUGGGAAUCAAGAUCAAAUUGUAUCUAGUUUGAUUGAUGAUGUACCACGACUAUGUGCUGGUAGACAAUCUCGUUUAGAUAAAGAGUCUGUUCCAUGCGUGGUGUGCGGCUCGCGUGAAAUGCAUAUAGUUUUAGACCUGCACAGCCAACCUCUUGCUAAUGAUUUUAGAAAACGAUUAGAUGAAGCGACAAAAUGUAAACGAUUCCCAUUAAGAUUAGUGCGAUGUCCAAAAUGUCACCACACACAACUAUCGUAUAUUGUUAAUCGAGCCUAUCUUUUCAGUCAUUAUCUGUAUCAGAGUGGUACAAGCAAAAGUAUUGAAACCUAUUUUGAAUGGUUGGCUGAGAAAAUUAUUGAUGAAAGUGGAAAAACAAAUGGAACCGUUUUGGAAAUAGCGAGCAAUGAUGGCAGCCAAUUAAGUAAAUUUAGCAGACGCGGAUGGAAAACUGUAGGCGUAGAUCCAGCCAAGAAUCUUGCUGCACUAGCGCGAACAAAGGGCCAUACUGUUUACGUUGGCUUUUGGGGUGCCGACAAAUUUCCUCUUCUGCCAUCUCCAGAAUCUUUGGAUGCUAUAGUUGCACAAAACGUACUUGCUCAUGUCGGCAAUCCUGUACAGUUUUUGCGUGCAUGCGCUGCUGUUAUGGGUACAACAACGCGACUGUACGUUCAAACAUCUCAGUGUGAAAUGUACGAAACUGGACAAUUUGAUACAGUUUAUCAUGAACAUGUGUCUUUCUUCACGGCUCAUUCCUUUAAAAAGAUUGCUAGCCUCGCCGGGCUACGUAUCAUACAUUUUGAAAUCACACCAAUCCAUGGACGUUCAUGUUUGGUCACAUUUGAACGGAUCAGAUUAUCAAGUUCUACUUUUGUUCCUACUUUUUAUAAAAAGCUUCCAUCGUCACUUUCGCUGGCAUUGCAGAAAGAACGUAAUCUUGGAUUAACUGAUGCUUGGUUUUAUAUCAAAUAUCAAGCACAAGCUCAUUCUAUGCGUCAAUGGAUUGUUGAUCAAUUGACAUAUCUUCAUGCUCAAGGUCAUAUCAUCGUUGGAUAUGGUGCUGCAGCUAAAGGUAUGGUCCUUCUGCGUUCCCUAUUGGAAAUGCCAAAUCAAACAUGGCAAUUUUCCUAUGUAGUUGAUGAUGCUCCUUUAAAACAAAAUACAUAUUGUCCUGGUACUUCUAUACCAGUGCGUCCGACGUCUGAAUUGACCAAACAUAGUUUAAUUACACCGCUAACAAUAGUUGUGUUUGCCUGGAAUUUUUGGGAAGAAAUUUUGAACAAAAUCCAGACAAAAACGUUAGGAAAAGGAAUCAAGAGUGUUUUUGCAAUACGUCCAUUUCCUCAACAACAACUAAUACAAAUCCAUUCAAACUGUAGUACGGUAGUUACACAAAACGCGUAUAGAUUAAUACCUUGGCCAUUCCCGUUUUCUUCUAUACGCAGACCUGUGCUACUUUUUUCAAACCUUAUCAAUGACGCAAUAUUUCUGUCUUCUUGGAUUCGUCAUCAUGCUUCUAUGUUUGAUAUAGCAAUUUUAACUGACUAUGAUACUACCAACAAAUCAUCAGAAAUUGUUCGAAACGAAGCUCCAAGCACUUGGAAAAUAAUAACGCCAUAUAACAAAGAAUUUUCUCCUCAACUACUCGAUAAAGAAAUCGAAUCUUACGCAAAAAUGUAUUCGAAAGCAUGGAAGAUUGUUCUCACCACUGAUGAACUCCUAGUGCACCCUAACCUUCGAGAAAUGCUGACUGAAAUCGAAUGCACAAGUAAUGUGAUGGCAUUACAUUUUCGUUCCUUAACAAUGAUAAGAAAUAACUCAAUACCGCUUGAUCCUUCGAGGUCGCUACUGAAUCAACAAACGCAAUACAUUUUAAACUCACCAAUUCAGAAAAAUGAUAAAUCUAAUAUACAAGAUUAUCGUGAUAUCCAUCGGUUUUCGUAUGUUAGACAUAUUAAUGGGCAACAAAGUAUUAAAGAGAGUGAGUGGCAAUGGAGUUCCAAUGGCUUUAUUGCUGACUAUCGAUACCUAUUCUCGCUUGAGCGAACAAAAGACAAACUUUCAAUUUCUUCAUCUAAAGUACAUAACGAUAGCAACGUGAAUGAGCAUAUACUUCGUAAUUCCAAUGUAACACAGUUGACACAGAACAAAGAAAAUAUCAGACUCAUAAAACUUGAUAAUCUUCAGAACAUUGGUGCCUCAUCCCAUGAGUUAAGAAUGGCACAUCGUGUGUGGCGAGAGAUGACAAGUAAUUGAGUCAUGAGAUCACAUUCGAUCAUUUGGGUUAGGAUGGGUUUGCUGAUGAAAGUAUUAGAUUAUUAAAAAAACCUCAUCAAAAAUCUGUUGAAUGGUUUAAAUAAAGGUUCGAAACACAUAUAUUACCUAGAAUUACCAUAUUUCAUAUCUUGAAUUCUGUAGACUCGAGCACUGAGUUACUGUCUGAAAGAUUUUUCUCACCACUUCGUGAGGGUGGGGUGUAGUUUUGCGUCUGGGUGAGAUGUGGGUAUUGAAGCUGCCGGCAGGCCCCUUUUUUCUGGUCUGGCCCUGGUCCAGUUCGCGUUGCUUGCAGGCCAGGCUAAAAUUUCCGAAGCAGCCUGCAGGACAAACUCGACCGCUUGAUACUUAUGGCUUUGCAAAUACCUAUAAUUCUACAACUGUGCAUUCAAAUAUCGUUCUAGGUUCAGUUGUAGGUGUGUCAAUUUAUAUUUAUUUUCAAUUUAAUUUAUGCAGAAAUUACAUGAUCAGAAAUAUUAAUUUCACACUAAUUGAAAUUAUCUUCUCUCAUAUUUUCAAUUUAAACAAAUACAAAUUAUCAGAAGUUAAUUUUUUUAAAUUCAAAUUAUAGAUCAAUUGAUAAAUCAUAGAUUUGAAUUAUUCGCACUGCGUAAUCCACUAAAAUUGAAAAUUAAACAAAGUUGUUCUAGUUUUUUUUAACCCUUUGAGGCCCAGUGGGAUAUAUAUUUCCCAUCUUGAGAAUUUUGAAAUCUUCGAGUUUUCGAGAAUCUUGGAGAAAUAUUUUCAAUAUAUGUUAGAAGCUAGCAGAGGUCCGUACAAGAUUGAUUGGAUAAUAGAGUGUAUAGAUGACAUUG